GCUGGCAUAUUUUGUCCUACGCAGCCUCCCGUAUGAAAACAAGGAAGCAGCGACAGUAGGAUAACUAGAUAUAGAAACAGAUAUAAAAUGCACAUUUAUCACUGUAACUAGCUACAUGAUUACUUCAUAAGUCCCACAGUUAUUUAUCAGCAGGUUGAAAUGUAUUAUAUUUUAUAUGUAGUUGUUUUAUUUUCGUUACUAUAACAACUAAAGCUAUGUCGGAAAAGCUAAACAGUUAGCUACGUUAGCUAGCAGCGGUGCUAAUGAAAACAUAUUAAAAUGGUGCAGAACAUGUUUCGGACCGGGUUUCUGGUUCGGGCCACACACACCCUGCUCACCUGGGUCACAACCCUCAUACUGUUCCUGCACAACACCGAUUUGCGGAAGUGUGAGGAGCGAGGAGAGCUGUUGCUGCCGGUUCUGUUUUUCCUCCUGGUCGUGCUGUCGGUGCUGUUAUACUUUGCUGUUUCUUUAAUGGACCCUGGCUUUGUUCUCACAGACGGCGUCAAGGGCGUUCAGGGUUCGAAUGAGGAAAUGGAGUCGAUGAUUCCUCAGUCUUCGACCCCUCGGCUGCGGCGCUGUGGAUACUGCCUGCUGCAGCAGCAGCCAAUGAGAGCGAAGCACUGUCAAACGUGUAAACGCUGCGUUCGUCGCUUUGACCACCACUGUCCCUGGAUCGAAAAUUGUGUGGGAGAGAGGAACCACCGCUGGUUCAUCGUCUACCUGCUGGUGCAGCUGCUCGCUCUGCUGUGGGCUCUUCACAUCGCUCUGUCUGGCCUCUCACCCAGCAGCACAUGGGAGGUGUGGUUCAGAGUGAACGGGUUCCUGUUAGCGGCGCUGGCCGUUAUAGGUGUUUUCUCUGUGGUGGUGGUGCUGCUGCUGGGCUGCCACCUCUACCUGGUCUCCAUCAACUGCACCACCUGGGAGUUCAUGUCACGCCAUAGGAUCUCGUACCUGAAGAACUGCGGAAACGAGGAGAACCCUUUUGACCGAGGAGUCUUCUGCAACCUGUGGGAUUUCUUCUGCAUCUGCAGGACGGUGAUGUGGGAGCAAAUGUACCACAAACACGUCAUAAAUUCUGUCUGACCGCCAAUUAGACGCCACUGCACCGUCUGCACAGGGGUCAGACACUACUUUCAGGGCAAGAUUUUUUUGAUUUACAACUAAACAGAUUUUUCUACAAAAACCUCUUAACUAUGCUAGCAGCGUGGCAUUAGAGAUGGUAAUGUCGGUCCACCUCUUUGGUCCUGAAUGAAAUAUCUCUAAUAAUAUAAUAAAUAAACAUGUUUACAGCCUGGUACAAAAAAAUGAUUUGGUAAAUUGGAGGGGGGUGAAUUGUAUAUAACUCACCUGUUUAAAUUAUAUCAAGGCUUAAAGUUAAUCAUAAAUAAGGGCAUGGCCGCUUUGAGUGACAGGUGGGUCUCAACUCCCCCUACGUAAGAUCUACGUCUUUGCCCGUUUUUGGAGCAUGUUUGUCCUAACAGGCUGCUGUCAGCUCAGGAGUCACUCACUGGACAGCAGUAGAGGAGGUGGUACCAGCAUUUGGUUCAAGAGUAGUUCAGCCAUCUUCAUUAGCAUUCAGAAAAAACACGAGCCGUGAUGCCCACAGUGACACAGCAAAAAAAAUAUAUAUAUAAGUGCAGUGAUUUGACUGAAAAAGUGCAACUUUAGGCUACAGCUCUACUUUGGUGAACACCACCCUGAUGUUCACUGAAGUGGUUUUAAAUUCAUCUGGUUCAAACAUUCAUGCUCUCCUCAGGAUGAAUUGUAAUCACUGUGGUCGUCCUCUGAUUUUUCAUAGAGCGCCACCAUCAGGUUAAAGUCUAUAACAUAUAUGACCAAAUACCCACUAAACUUAAUUCCCAUCAGCCUCAGCUGUACCUUUUGUUUAAUGAUAAUUAUAAAAUAUUAGUACCAUUCUGCUAACAUACAUUAGCAUACGUCAGUAUGUUAGCAUGCUAAGCAAUGCUAAUGGCUCACAGAACAACUAGCACAACUGUAAUUUUUUUUUUUUAAAUAAUCCAAGCUUCUUUGUGAGUGUUUGGACGUGUCUCAUGCUCUUGGUUUGUGUUGGCCUCUGUUGAACAGAAUUAUAAUGAAUUAUUUUCUGGCUGUUUUGUUGAAAGAAAGACAAAAACUUCUCCAUCUGAUUGAAACACCUUUUUCUCAGGUCUGAUCACCACUUUUUAUUCUGUAAACGUUUCUGUUGUCGCCCCGUGAGAGGGGCGACCCCAUGUUAUAACACUAAUUGCCUUUAUGUCUUGUGCCUUUGGUUGAAUGUAACUUGUAUAUUAAUGUAAGUAAUUAUUUUUACUGUUAAAAGUUAAUUUAACUAUGAGAUGAUCUUCCUUAAGAGAGACAAAUAUUUUACAAACAUUUUUUACUGUAUUCGUUCUGUUUGUAUUUAUUGACAACAAGAGUACAUUAAAACACUGAUGAUAUGCA